GCACUUAGAUAAAAGUGCUAGCCACUGUGGAACAACCACCAUGGCAAUGUUUUCUAUUUCUCUCCACAGUAAGCACUUUCCGUCGCCAAUGCUAACCACUCCCUCUUCAACAAAGUGCCUUCCCUCUGCCACUGCCGCUAUUACUAGCAGACGAGCUAUGGUCUUUGGUUCUGGUCUUGUAAUAGCCUCCUGGUUCAAUUUGGCCAAUCUCAAUUCACCACCACUUGCACUUGCAGAGUUGCUACAGGAUGAGCUUCAGCAAGAAGAAGAUAACCUUGUGCAACUGUUUCAGGAAACUUCACCGUCGGUUGUUUUCAUUAAAGAUCUUGAGUUGACUAAAGUCCCAAAGACUUCUUCUGAUGAAGUCAUGCUGAAUGAGGAUGAAGAUGCAAAAGUGGAAGGCACUGGUUCAGGCUUCAUUUGGGAUAAAUUUGGUCAUAUAGUCACCAAUUACCAUGUUGUUGCUAAACUGGCUACUGAUACAAGUGGUUUACAACGUUGUAAGGUGUUCCUAGUUGAUACCAAAGGAAAUAGCUUUUACAGGGAAGGGAAAAUAAUUGGGUUUGAUCCAGCAUAUGAUCUAGCUGUCCUCAAGGUUGAUGUUGAUGGAUAUGAGAUAAAGCCUGUUGCUCUGGGUCAAUCUAAUAAUUUGAAUGUUGGCCAGAGCUGCUUUGCCAUUGGGAAUCCUUAUGGAUAUGAGAACACUCUUACAACAGGGGUGGUCAGUGGUUUAGGCCGCGAGAUACCUUCACCAAAUGGAGGGGCCAUUAGAGGAGCUAUUCAAACUGAUGCAGCUAUUAAUGCAGGAAAUUCAGGUGGACCGCUUAUUGACUCUCGUGGCCAUGUUAUUGGAGUAAACACAUCUACCUUCACUAGGAAAGGGACUGGAGUGUCAUCGGGUGUUAACUUUGCGAUUCCCAUCGACACAGUCAUCAGAAAUGUGCCAUACCUUAUUGUUUAUGGAACACCUUAUAGUAAUAGGUUUUGACUAUGCGUGUUUUAUAAGCUUCAGCUUUUUGUGUAAAACUGAAAAUGAAAACCUCGGAUUUUAAUUUUACAGUCAAGUUAAGUUGUACAUGAAAGAACAUGUCUAUUCCAAAGCUGAAAAUUUGUAUAUGAAAUACCAUGUCUGCUCAAA